UCAGAGAGUGAUUGAAUGGGACAGAGAAGGAGGGAGGGAAGGGGACACUGAGUGGGGGAAAAGAGAGCGAUACAGCACAGAGAAAGCAGCAGAUGGAUUGCUGCACAGCCUGCACACACAACGGAUAGACUGUAUGUGUGAUGGUGUGUGUGUGUGUGUGUGAGAGAGAAUGCUUGUGAAUGAUGUCCUCAGGAAUUGGAUGCAGUGAGCUUUAAACCUCUCGAGGAAGUAAGGAUAACAGAGAAGUGAACAGAAGAGACGCAAGAGCUGCGACCUACUGUAGUAAGCCUGUUAUCAAUGCACGUGGUAGGAGCAUCUCGAUAGAUGCUGCAGACUGUGUUGGGAUAUUUUGUGUCUUUGUCAAAGGUUGAGAAGUGAGAAUAGGUUCGGAGCACACACACAGAGAGAGAGAGGGAGAUUCUCUAUGGUGAAGAUGAGCCUGGACCCUGUACAGGUGAUGAGCGGACAGGUCAAGGAGCUCAAAGUUGCCACUUCGUCCAACGGGGACAGCAGAGGAUCAUGGGAAGAGAAAGAAGAGUUUGAUCAAGACCACUUGGGCCUCACCACCAAGCCAAAACCAGUGACAGGGAGACGAGCCCGGAAGGUGGAAGGAGGCGUGUUUUUCCCAAAGCCAGAGAACGCAGUGACCAUCGCUGUUUCUUCUCGGGUCUUGUUUCGGACUGAGCGGGAGCAGAAGGUUUUUGAGCAGCAAGGAGUGGAGGAGUAUCUGAGGUACCAAAUCGAACAUGAGAACGAACCCUUCGCCCCUGGACCAGCUUUCCCCUUUGUUAAGGCUCUGGAGACAGUGAACGCCCGUCUGCGAGAACUGUACCCACAAAGUGAAGAGCUGUUUGAUAUUGUUUUGGUGACGUACAACCAUGCACACGUAGGAAUCCGGCUGAUUAACACCAUCAACCAUCACAAUUUGUUCAUCGAGAGGUUUUGUAUGACGGGGGGAAGCAGUCCUAUUGGCUACCUGAAGGCCUGGCACACUAACCUGUACCUGUCUGCUGACUCGGAAAAGGUCAGGGAGGCGCUGGCUGAAGGCAUCGCUGCAGCCACCAUGUUCAUGCCGGAGAAGCUGACAGAGGUGUCAGAAUCCCAGCUGAGGGUGGCGUUUGAUGGUGACGCCGUCCUCUUCUCUGAUGAAUCCGAGCGCAUUUUCAAGGCCCAUGGGCUGGACAAGUUCUUCGAACACGAGAAGGACAAUGAGGACACAUUACUGGAUCAUGGUCCCCUGAAGGGCUUCCUGGAAGCACUGGGGAAGCUCCAGAAAAAGUUUUAUGCUAAAGGCCAGCGCCUGGACUGUCCCAUUCGAACAUAUUUGGUCACAGCUCGUAGCGCAGCCAGCUCUGGGAUCCGGGCACUGAAGACACUCAGAGCCUGGGGCUUGGAGAUCGACGAGGCCUUGUUCCUCGCAGGAGCACCGAAGGGCCCCAUGUUGGAGAAGAUCAGGCCUCACAUCUACUUCGACGACCAGAUGUUUCAUGUGGAAGGAGCGGCUGAGAUGGGCACCAUUGCUGCCCAUGUGCCUUACGGCAUUGCACAGAAACAUAACCCCAAACAGAAAACCAGUGUGGCGAAGUAGCCAACAGUACUCAAGAUGCCAAUGGCAUAGUCAUCCAGCCAGAAGGAGAACAAGAGAAGAAGGAUGGGAUGGAGAUCUUAGAGAGGAGCAAAGUGGACGUGAGAGGUUUCAGAGAGCUGAACAUGGACUGAACUGUAUGUGGGAAUGCAUCAUUUCCAUACUCAACGUAUUCUAAGUUUGUUUUAUCACAAUGUAAACAGCCUAAUGCUGUUAUGUUAGGAGUUAGAUGCAGGUCUGGGUAGAGGUCAAGGAGGGGUCUGGAACCUGAGAUGACCUGGAUGCCAAGUGUCCCUCAGUUUUACAGUCUACUACUUAAGUGAACUCUCAAGUCUUGCCUGAGACAGGAUUUUCAAAGGUGCUUGAUUGCCAAGGUGACCUGUUAUUUCUCUCACUGCUAAUUAUCUUCGUCAAGAAGAUACCUCUUCAGUAAAUUCUGGAGCAUACUGAUAUUAACAUGCCACCAGCACAGAGACUACAAUGUAUGUCCUCAAUAAAUGAGCCAUAAGCACAACACAUAGGUAUUAUAAGGUUAAAAAUGAUGGCAAUGUACUGUAGCACAAGAGUCAUCAUUUAAAGUUUAUGUUUUCAUUUUACAGAGUUUGACUUCAUAAGAAUGUAAAAUUGUUUGUUUGCAACUAUACAAAAUGCAAUGUAUAUUGACUCAAUAUAUUAUCUACUGUUGUGUUAGUCCAAAAGAAAAAUAGAAAGCCAUCAGUUUCAGUUGGUGCCUUAGUUUCAAUGAAUUUUAGCCACUCCAGCAGAGUGGUCAGUCCAAUACUUUGGUCCACUGUGAAAUAUUUUGUACAAACAUACAAAAUUGUACAAACAUAGUUAGUCCAAAAAAUAUAUAUAAACAGCCAUAGGUUUCAGUGGGUGCCUUUAGUUUCAGUGAAUACAUUAUUUAUAACCAAUGCUAGCAGUGCGAACUUGGACCAGAGAGAAAUAUCUCGGCAUCUGAAGAUUUGGUGUCACCUCAAACAUUAAUGACUAAUUUAUAUCACCAUCAGAGCUGUACAGUACAUAUUUAGCAUGCUAAAGUUAAUAAUGAUAAGAGUUAGAAAUAGUCCCAUUUGUCUGUAAUUCUGAAAUAAAAAGCACUUGUUCAGACAGUCCAUUGCUCCGAUAAUACACACUUUUCACAGUAUUAACUGUGUAUAUUAUUCUUACCAUGAUAGUGAAGGACACUUAAAGAAGGUUACCUGACUUUAUCUUUUAUUGCAAGUGAAAAUAAGGGCAAAGAAAUUCACCAGAAAAACAGGCUUUCAGAGCAUCUUUGAUUUGGGGAAUGGGCUUUCCGUCCAGUUGUACUUUUUUUGUGACUAUUGUUGUUUCAGAAUAAUGAGCUGUCAGAACAAUUGUUAUCUCAUAAGACUGAAAAUAGGAAUUAUAUUUAAUAUUAUAAAAUAUUAGAGUUUCAUUAGUGUGUAUAAAGGCAGCCAUAAGUUUCAGGGUGCCUUAAAAUCAGUGAAUACCCUUUAUCUAUUUGUGUGGUCCUCUUCGUCCCAGCGAGAAACAUCUGGACAACAUCGAACUUAGGUGUCUCCUUUCACGGAUAGUCCAGUUCAUGACACAGCACCCUUAAAACUAACUGAACUGAAUUCCCAUCAGGUGCAACACUACACCAUGUCCCAGUUUACCAUGCUAGCAUGCCGAUGUAAAGUGAACCUGAGGGCGACUAAGCACAAGGUAAACUGAAUAAAGUUGAGUAACAAUUCUGGCCUGAAAUGUCCCUAAAAUGGAUGCUCAGUGUGUAAGUUAUAACAUGGCUUUGCUCACUCGGAUUUAGCUUUCCAGUGUUACAGACUUAUGGGCCUUCUAUGUCUAUUCUUGUUUAAAAGCCAUACUGGUUACUAAUAUGAAUACUACAGCCUCUGUGCAGGGUGUUAUGGUUUCUGGUAUCACUGUAAUAGAUGUUCAACAAGCAGCUAGUUUGAUUUUACUGCCCUCUCCUGUACAUCAAAGCUAGUGCAAAGUCACACACUCUGCUAAAGUGGAAUUGAUUGAUGUUGUACAGUUUAACAAAUUCAGCUACAUCUGGCAAUCCAUGUCCAACCGGCAGUCGAUACUUUGUUCUGGUUGCAGUGUGACUUAUGUUUCAAUGACACUGAAAAACAUGAAUUUGUCUUCCACUGACAAAAUGGCCACAGUGGCCUUUUGAAAAUGUCAAUCCACUUCACAUCACUCUUUCACUACUGCUGGGUCCUUCUAAAUAAAUCUAGUGCGUACUCAUUAUAGCUCGUCAACCUUCCGGGGCCCUUGAAAAUGACAAGUAAUCCACCAGCUUCAUUUCACAGCCAAAAAACACAUAAUUAAAGAGGUGUGUCUUCUGAUUUGUCAUUGUCAUUUGCCCUGAAGUAGUUGGCUGAGUUAUCGGAGAAAAAAAAAACGUUUCAGCAGGAUCAGUCAGAGCAGUUUUGGACUUUAGGGUAACGUUGAGGAUUAAGCUCAUGCAGAUGAAGCAACGUUUGAACAUUUCAACAUCAGUUUAUGAUGACUUUAUUGCAAUAAGAAAAUGUACAUGAAUGAAAAAUAAAGAUGGAAAUGAUGGUACUUUUCUUUUAUUCAUGAAUGCAAAUAGCCUCAUAUUUAUGACCUCUGUGAUGAAACGUGCAAAACGAGCACAUAACUCUCUGCAUUGAGAGUCACUAAUGUGCACUUCUUAUCUCUACCAUCGAGUGGCAGCACUGGAAUGAUAAAUCACAGGAGCAACUGGUCUUCAUUUACCCACCACAUGUUGUGUUGUUUUUAUUUAGGAUGACGAUUGUUGGGAAAUUAACAAUCUAACAUGUAAAAUUCG